UAACUAAGAAAAGUCUAAGGACAAUGGAAGAACCAAUAAUUGUAUCAGGGAAUUAAUUAAGAUUGGCAGAGCAUUCAAUGACUCGGCUUUCUUCUUAGGUCAUAAUUGGAAUGGACUAAAAAAGCCUUUAUUUAUUUAUUAUUAUAGCAAUUCUAAAAUGUUUCUGAACAUUUGGGAUAAAGGUGUAUAUAUAUAUAUAUAUAAGCUUGGUUUAUAUAGAAUUGGUUUGAAGUAGUACUCUCUGUACACAACAGAGCAGAGCAUAUGGCAGCAGCCUCCAUAUUCAUUACCAUUUUCACAGUGGCAGUAGCCUAGAUUACCCAUGUAGUUGUCAGCUCUCCUGAACAAGAAGCAAGGCUCUGCUCCAAUCUGGGUGGUGGAGUCCUCAAUAUGUCAACACCACCUCUACAACCCCAUGCAACUUGACUGGUAUUACCUGCAAUAUUGCUGGAAGCAUUACACAUAUUUCUCUUCAUCACCAUUCUCUACAGUACAAGAAGCUUGGGAGAUUUCUCAACUCGUCUUCGUUUCCGAAUUUAGUUGUUCUUGAUCUUGCUGAAGCUGGACUCUAUGGGAGUAUUCCACCAGAAAUCGCUACUUUUUCAAAGCUCACCCACCUUGUCCUCUAUCGUAAUCAUCUUACAGGUGAGUUGCCUCCUUCUCUAGCAAACUUGUCUCAAUUGGUGCGACUUGAUCUUUCCUUUAAUUAUAUCCAUAGUACCAUUCCUCCAGACUUGAACAAUUUAAAGAAUCUUGUUGUACUAAACUUGACCUACAACAACUUGUUUGGUCCAAUCCCUUCAUCAUUUGGUCUUUUAAACAAUCUCACUCAUUUGUGUCUUGCGGUCAAUCAAAUCACCGGUGAACUACCUCUUUCGCUCACAAACCUCACCCAUUUGCUGGAGUUUGAAGCUUAUUAUAAUCAAAUCAAUGGUACAAUCCCAGUUGAAAUAGGAAAGCUAAAAAAUCUUGUUUCCUUCUACAUAGACAACAACAUUCUCAGUGGUCCAAUUCCUUCUAGUGUGGGUCAGCUUACCAAAUUGCAAUUUCUUGCACUUUACUCAAACCAUCUCAGUGGUUCACUUCCUGCUGAACUAGGAAACCUGACCAAGCUUUUAUAUCUGGACAUUGAUAAUAAUAAACUCACGGGACAGCUACCUCCAACUCUGGGUCGAUUGACAAGUUUGCACUUUCUGUAUGUUAAUUCCAACCAAAUCAAUGGAUCUAUCCCUCCAUCACUUGGAGAUCUUGAGAAUCUCUUUUUGCUCUUCUUGAAUGGCAAUAUGCUCAGUGGACCGCUGCCACGGGCGUUGGGUAAUCUAUCGAAGCUGACAGAGCUUCAUCUUGAGUCGAACUGGAUUAAUGCAUCCAUCCCUCCAGAGAUUGGAAAUCUCAAGAAUCUGGAAAUAUUGGGAUUGGAGAACAACCAUUUAACUGGUGGAAUACCUUCUUUUAUAUGUGAUUUAACCAACUUAAUACAUGUGCACCUCAGUUUUAACAGGCUAAGUGGUCCAUUGCCUUCCAGAAUAGGGAAUUUGAAGAAUCUGACAAGUUUGCAGCUUGGUUCUAACAACCUCAUGGGUCCUAUUGUUCCUUCUUUGUGUGGUCUUGAGAGUAUAGAAGAUAUUGAUUUGUCAGGGAACAAUUUCAAUGGAAGCAUCCCUAUUGAGAUAUUUUCCCUUUCUACUCUCACUUCUUUGGACGUCAGUUCCAAUUCAAUUACCGAUAAAAUACCUUCUCAACUUGGCAACCUCACAAGCUUGACCACCUUGAACCUUGCACACAACUCAAUUGUUGGAGAAAUACCUUCGGAACUUGCCAACCUCACCAGGUUGACUACCUUGAAACUUGCCUAUAACAAUCUCAAUGGUACCAUUCCAUCUUCUAUCCUGCUUCGAUUCAAGAACAAAUCACUCGAUCUCGAUGGCAACAGAGAUUUGUGUGGUAACCUGUCAGGAUUCCCUUCCUGCUUUCAUUCUAUCCCACCAAGUAGUGACCAGGGUGUCGUCAACAAAGUUGGAGGCCGCUCCAACUCCCACAAAAUCAGUAGCAUAAUUGUUCCCAUCUCAGUUAGCUUUGUCUUGUUUUUUCUUGUUCUUAUAUCGGCGAUGUUCUACAAAUGUGGGAACAAGAAUGAAAAGUGCCAAACAUCACUUGGUGAGAUAACUACAACAAAGAACGGAGACAUAUUUUCAGCAUGGAAUUAUGAUGGGAACAUAGCAUACAUAGAUAUCAUACAAGCAACAGAGUAUUUUGAUAUCCGAUAUUGCAUUGGAACUGGUGGUUACGGAAGCGUCUACAGAGCACAGUUACCUAAUGGCAAGGUAAUUGCAUUGAAGAAGCUUCAUAGUUCAGAAGCUGAAGAGAUGGUUUUGAAGAAAAGUUUUUUAAAUGAGGUGAAGACAUUGACAGAACUACGACAUCGUAAUAUUGUGAGGCUCCACGGCUAUUGUUUACAUAAAACAUGUAUGUUUCUGAUUUAUGAAUAUGUGGAAAGAGGGAGCUUGUUUUGUGUUCUAAGUAAUGAUAUGAGGGCUGUGGAAUUGGAUUGGAGAGAAAGGGUGAAUAUUAUCAAAGGCAUAGUACAUGCCUUAUGCUACCUGCAUCAUGAUUGCACUCCACCAAUUGUUCAUCGUGAUAUAGCGAGCAAUAACAUUUUGCUCAACUCCAAAUUAGAAGCUAUUGUCGCUGAUUUUGGCACAGCUAGAUUCAUGGAUUAUGGUUCAUCCAAUCAGACCAUAAUGGCCGGCACUUACGGUUACAUUGCUCCUGAGCUUGCCUACACUAUGGCUAUAACUGAAAAAUGCGACGUUUAUAGCUUUGGAGUGGUGGCACUUGAAACCUUAAUGGGAAGGCAUCCAAAACAAGUAUUAUCAUCAUUAUCAUCAUUUUCUACACAAAGUCUACUACUAAUUGAUGUUUUAGACAAACGCUUGCCGCCUCCUAGAAGUCCAUCAGAUGUGCAUAAUGUUGUUCUUGUUUCUGAAAUUGCUUUGGCAUGCUUACAUGCUAACCCUAAGCACCGACCAACAAGGGAAAAUGUUUCCAAAUACCUUGUUGAUCGCAGGACACCAUUUGGCUAGCAGUGUUUUCAUGAAAUUCCAAUAGGGCAGCUCAUGAACCCGACAAGUCUAUGUGGAACAUGACCAAAGUGCAUCGCAUGAGAUUUGUACAAUUUCUGUUCGAUGACGAUUUUCCAUGUGUUGUGACUUGGAUAAACAUGAUGUUAAAUCUGUAAAGGUGUUUAAUUAGUACAAAA